AUGCGUGCAAAAGGAGGAAAGUUGGUUUACCAGAGCACCAAGAAGAGAGCAAGUGUUUCAAAGUUCCCUGUCACUGGAAAAAGAAUACAAGGAAUUCCUCAUUUGAGGCCCACAGAGUACAAGAGAAGCAGGUUACCUAGGAACAGGCGCACUGUCAAUUGUCCUUAUGGAGAUGUUCUAGCUGGCGGUGCUGUGCGUGAAAGAAUCAUCCGCGUUUUCUUGGUUGAAGAGCAUAAGAUUGUGAAGAAGGUAUUGAAGAUUCAAAAGGCAAAGGAAAAGCAGUCUUCAAAGUAAAAUGUCUAUGAAAGCAUAUUUUUUUGGUCGUAGUUUAUUCAGAUUAAAUUUACUUUCACUGGCAGAUGAUGACUUAGGAAGAAUCUUUUAAGGUAUGCACUUGUGUUUACUACUGCGAGGUACUUGUUUGCAUCUUAAAUGGAUGAGUUUUGUUUUCCUGUUUACGACCCUUCUGCAAUAUUGAUCAUAUGAAAACAUAUACUUAGUCUGGUAUGAUUUUGUCUUGAACAUAUUCAUUUCAUGAAGUUUAUACUUUUUUGUCC